CCCUUCACCUCACCGCCCAGUCCUCUUUCUCAGGUGUUCGCUGUAACGAGGUCACCAACGCCGCAACCAAGAUGGGCCCUCAGAAGUAAACAAACACAAGGUUGAGCACGUGACAGUGGCGUCGCGGCUCACUGAACUACAACAGCGUUCAAAACGGGGAGCUUUUUGUAUCAUCAGAGGACCAGUGUACUUAUGUGACAUGAGGAACAGAGAGUUUGUUGAACAGGAGAGACACGCAGGACACUGAUGUAAAGCCCUUAUUGGGAAGGAAUCAUAAGUCACCAAUAACAUCAAGACCAUGGCAGUGGGCAGCACUCCUAAAAGUAGCAAGAAGGGCUCCACUGCUCCUAAAAUUUCUGCAAAAGUGACAUUCCUACCGUAUGAAUCUCUUCAAGGCAAGACAAGAGAGAAGCUGAGCACUGUUCACUCCCUGGUGGUGGCCAUGCAGCCUGUGGUGGCCACUAAGAGAGGCUUCAGUGGACCAUACGUUUCCCUCACAGCCAAGGGAGGAGUCUUGCCUGCCAUGCUGGUCCUGGAUAAACAUGUGAAGGAAAAUGUCGCUGUAGUAUUCAGAGGUGCUUACUUGUGUGAUGAGUUGAGUGAAGGCGAGGACAUCACCAUAAACCCGGGGUGCCCAUCGUUGCUUGCCAGGGAAGUGACGUUUGGCAUUCUUUCUCCGGCGGGUGUGGAAGGAACACCGGGGCUCACACAGUACCUGAAGGAUCAGCUUGUGCAUAGUGGACUGGUCAUCACCACUGGAAUGAAGGCUGUGCUACAAUACUUAAGUCAAGAAGUAACAUUGAAGGUUGACAGUGUAAAGAUGUUUGGCCUUGAAGCUGAGGCACCAUUCACUUGUAUUCCUCAAACGUGUGUGUGUGUGCAGGUGGCAGAAGUGAGUGCCAGGGUGAUGCUGCCAGAGGUGACCUUUGAAGAUAUUGGUGGCUAUGAAGCUGAGCUGGAAAGCAUGCAUCAGCAGAUUGACUCUUUGUUUUCCUGUGAGGGUUCCAAAAGAAAUACUAUCAAAGGGAUAUUGAUAAGUGGACCAUCAGGCUGUGGAAAAACCCUCAUUGGUAAAGCACUGAAAGCUAAAUAUGGCAGAAAAUUUUUACACGUUCCCCUAGAGGAAGUGAAGAGCAAGUACCUGGGGGAGACGGAACAGAACCUGAGUCAAUACUUCACAGAGGCAGCAAAGAGGUCUCCAUGCCUCCUCUUCCUGGAUGACCUGGACCUCCUGUGCGGGUCUCGGGACAGGGGGGCCAGUGCUGGGGUGGUGACUGCCCUGCUGCACCUCCUGGAUGGUGUGACAGGCAGUGCUGAUGGGGUGAUGGUGAUAGCCACAGCUACACAACCCCAGGCCAUGGAUGCUGCUCUGCGUCGCCCCGGCCGGCUCUCCCACGACGUGUGCUUGGGAGCGCCACCACCCACAGCCCGGCGGGACAUCCUGCAGCGCCUCCUCCAAGGGGUUCCCAGCAAUGUCAGUGAUGCUGAGCUGUCAUCCCUCGCUGACAUCACACAUGGCUACCUUGGGGGUGACCUGCGUGGUGUUGUGGUGGCGGCAGUGACAGAGGCAGGCAGCACACCACUCACCCGGCACCACCUGGAGGAGGCGGUGGCACACACCCGGCCUGCCCUUGUCAAGGAUUCUGUGUCGUCAGCUUCUGGUAUCAAGCUGUCCAACAUCUCUGGGUACGGCAGGCUGAAGGCCAAGCUGCACGAGGCAGUGAGUCUGACAUUGCAGCAUGGUCCAGUCUUCAGGAGGUGUGGGUUUUCUCCCCCCUCAAGGUUCCUGCUCUUUGGGCCACCAGGGUGUGGCAAAUCCACCCUCAUCUCUGCUCUUGCCACUGAGUUUCACCUGAACAUCAUUCCUGUCAAGAGAUCCACAGUGCUGGGGAAAUAUUUUGGAGAGUCUGAACAAAACCUUGCUAAGAUAUUUCAACAGGCCAGUGACUCGUCUCCUUGCAUCAUCCACUUUGAGAACUUUGAGGGUCUGGCCGGGUCAAGGAGAAGCAGAGAGGGAGGUGGAGAUGCUGAGAGUCGCGUGAUCAACCACCUCAAAGUUCAGCUGGACGGCAUCGUGCAGAAUGAAGGGGUGCUUGUGUUUGCCGAGACCAACCGUCCUGAUCUCCUGAAUAAGGAUGUAAUUCGUCCCGGCCGCUUCCAUGAGUAUCACCUGGUGGACCUGCCGUCAGAGGAGGACAGACGGUGUAUCCUGGGGGACAACCUGCCGUCUGCUGCCACAGAGGAUGUGAUGGUGGACUCGCUCGUCACUCAGCUGGAGCGCCUGACGGUUGCCGAGAUCCUGCAGGUUUGUGAGGAAGUGAGGGUGGUGAGUGGUGGACCGGGGCAGGACACUCUGCCUUCCCCAUCAGCCAGAGGUGUCUUGAACCAAUCACUCAGUCAGUCACUUCUGGCCUACACCUCCACCUCCACCACACUGCAGGAGGUGCUUGAUGCAGUAAUACCAAACACCUCUUUAAAAUUGCUUCAGAAGUACAAAAAUUUUACCAAGCUGUAUUGUUCAGAUUCAUAGCUUUGUGUUCUCCUAUUUAUAAUAAAAAUUUUCUUAAAAAUAAA